AUGGCGGCGCCGUGGUGGGCGGCGGCGCUGGUGACGCUGGGCGUCGUGGGGUUGGCGGCGGGUCCCCGGGGUUGCGCCGCGCAGCCGGUGGUGCUGACCAGCUACGGCCAGCCCAAGCUCUCGCUCAGGCCCUACGACUGGACCUACCUCCGCGUUGACUUGCCGGCAUCAUUUUCUUCUAUCACCAUGAACUUUGCAACCGACAGAGAUAUUCCCAGGGAGCACUUAAAAGAUCUUCCGAAAAGUGAUCUUGCUAUCAUCUGUUUGAUGAUUGCCAACCCUCCUAUUCCUGAUACAUCUGAUUAUUAUUUGGACAAUUUAUUAUCAAACUUUCUUGCUGUUGGAUCUUUUGGCAAUACGAAUAACCAAUCAAAUCUGGCUCAGUGCAUACCAUUUCAGAAGAACACAACGAUAGUGUUAACAAAUGGCCAGGUUAAGCCAGGGAUUUGGUACAUUGGUUACUUUAAUGGCCUUGGACCUGCUCGCACACAAUCAAAGAUGAUUAGCCGAGGGAGAGCACUAUCAGUGAGCACUAGCAUUACGGUAGAAGGAUGUCCUACUUCAGCACUAUGGGGACCCUACUGCAACCAAACUAUUGAAACUAUUGGUUGUUCUCAGUUUUCAAGAUAUAACAACUCAAGAGAUCUUCUAGGUCUGACUAUCAACACCCGGAAAAUAUUGAAAACUAAAGAAAAUACUAGACGUACCAGCUUCUUAUCAAGGUCGAACCAUCCAAUAGGACAUCAACUCGAGUCCAAUGGUACUAGCGUAGUGGGAGUGGAGAAUUUGAUCACUUGUGCCAUUUCAAAUGACUCACUAUGCCUCAGGCAAGGCGAUAUAAAGUUUUACUUCUUGGAUAUAGUCAACCAAGCACUGCAAUUUGAAAUUACAGCUGCAAAUUUUAGAUUAUCCCAAAGUGCAUCCUUAAUCUGUUAUCUGCGCUGCAAUGCCUUACCUCAGAGAGAUUUGCACGAUUAUUCAGGUGAUAUUAGCAGUGCUCCCUUGGUUAUAAAGCUGCCAAAUAUUGGACGAUGGUAUAUCGCAAUUGAGAUUCUGAACAAAACACAGAUGAGAAAUACAACCGCACCUAUGCUGGAUACAAUUUGUUUCUCAUUUGAUUGGCAAGUAACUGGAUGUCUGAAUGGAAAAACUGGAACCGACUGCUCAUGGGAAGCAUAUGUGCUACAGAGAGUUCCUAAAAGAAAUCCUUCUGUUCCUUUUGAGUCAUAUUAUGUUCCUACUGAUGAGGGGGCAUUGCUGGAAUAUAGUCACUUCUCGCUCGAAAAGUUCUUAACCAACUCAUCCUUUGAGCAAUUUGCAUGGACUUAUUUCUUUUUGGAUGUUCCCCAAGGUUCAGCAGGUGCACUUAUUCAUGUCCAGCUAAAGUCAGAUAAAGAAUUGAAUUAUGAGCUGUACUCAAAAUAUGGUGGUCUACCAUCAAAUGAUAGUUGGGAUUAUUACGCAAGCAGGACAAGCAGCAGUAACGGUUCAGUAUUCUAUUCGCUACAGAAUUCCACGGAUUCAGACAUGGAUCUAUCUAUUUUCUAUGCCAAGGAGGGAACUUGGUGCUUCGGAGUCAAGCAUCCAAAUUAUACUUCAAAUUCUCAGACAUAUAUGUCUAUAUCUCUUCAGGGAUGCCAUAGAAAUUGUAAUCAGAAAGGUGUUUGUCAUGCUUCAGUUGAUGAAAGCGGGUUAACAUUCUACAGCUUCUGCACUUGUGAUCGUGAUCAUGGUGGGUUCGAUUGCAGUGAUGAAUUAGUUUCACCUAAUGGGCACAUCAGGCAGUCUGUCUUUCUAAUCGCAUCAAAUGCUGCAGCAAUUUUACCUGCCUUCUGGGCCCUCCGGCAAAAGGCGUUUGCCGAAUGGAUUCUUUACACGUCUAGUGGAAUUUCUAGUGCUUUGUACCAUUCAUGUGAUGUGGGCACCUGGUGCAUACUAUCUUUUCGUGUAUUACAGUUUUUGGACUUCUGGCUUUCAUUCAUGGCUGUUGUUGGUACAUUCAUAUAUAUGGCUACAAUUAAAGAAGCUUCAAAGCGAGCAAUGCAUACUGCUGUGUUUAUUCUGACAGCUAUUUUAGCUGCAACUGGUGCCACCAGAUCUGCCAAUAUUGGUAUCGUCGUUGCUAUUGGUUCAUUUGGCCUGCUUAUUGGAUGGAUAUUGGAAUUCUCUACCGCACGAAGAUUUGUAUGCUGCUCGUGGCGAAUUAACCUCAAUGUGCCCCAUAGAUGGCCAAACCUCGCGGCUUUGUUCUGGAAUACUCUGGAGAUGCUGAACAAGCGGUUCCGUUGGCUGUAUUUACUUUUUGGUUUCAUCACAUUAUCUUUUGCAGCUUUAAGCUGGAAGCUAGAAUCAAAUAGUAGCUAUUGGAUUUGGCACAGUAUGUGGCACAUAACUAUCUACACAUCUUCAUUCUUCUUCUUAUGUUCAAUGCGUGUCAACACUACGAAUCAUAGUCCGGAGACAACCUAUGAGUUGACAAGGCAAGAUACCUUGCCAACGACAGAGUCAAGUCAGACCUAA